GAACAACGAACCUUUUAAGAUUGUUUUGAAUCCCUAAAAGCAAGUAUAAAUUAAAACCAAACGAAACCUGGUUUCAGCCAAAAGCCUUGCAAGUACGCCGCCGCUAACUCUCCUCCUCUCCAGCGAAUUAUUUCUCCGAGUGAAUCAAAGUAAUGGAAUCUGCAACCAAGCAUGCUAUUGUGGUGAAAGUCAUGGGCCGCACAGGAUCAAGAGGGCAGGUGACUCAGGUGAGAGUGAAGUUCUUAGAUGACCAGAACCGGUUUAUCAUGAGAAAUGUCAAGGGACCAGUCAGAGAGGGAGAUGUUCUCACACUGCUGGAGUCUGAGAGGGAAGCUAGGAGGUUGCGCUGAGCAAUUCAUUUAUUGUCGAGAUGGUUUUGAUAGACCCUUGUGGUCCGGCUCUUCCCCGGACCCUGCGCAUAGCGGGAGCUUAGUGCACCAGGCUGCCCUUUUUAUGGUUUUGAUUACCUUGAUACUGUGAUAGCUAUUGUCUUAGUCCUCCAAGAAAAAUGUUUGGUAUUGUUUUCAGGACUUGUGCUAAGUGUGUAGUAGUAGCAUAUAUUUAGAACUGUUUGGUGAUGCUUUUGACCAUGAGGGUUGAGUAAUUUUUUUUCUCUUGCAAGUUAUUGCUGGAAAAUGCUGUGAUGUCCUUAUUGAUUCUUUUCAUGGCUGUUUCUAACUUCCCAGUAUGCUAGUCUGAAAAUCUAUUUUCAGCAA